GAGCCAAUGAAAUGCAGCUAAAGAAUUUCAAACCGGGGGAAGCAGUCUCCUUUGUUAGAGAGAGACGGGAAUCUUCUUCAGGCACAAAGGGAAGAAAUUAACUUCCCUCAAACAGAUCCCCUGGCUUCAUCAGAAUGUGUCCUAAAUUGAGCCCAGUUGCUGAGCCUGUCCCUUCCUAGGGAACCCCAGAAUGCAGAAGUUGCAUAUUUUCACAGUCGCAACAUCUGCUGUGGUCUAGAUGAGACACCAAGCCCAGGAGAAGUCUCUCUUUAGAAAAGUUAUUAAUAGUCCUUCUCUCCACGUGCCAGGCUGACUUUCUGCCAGGGACAAGUGCUCCCCUCAUGUGCCUAUGGAGAAAAGCUCCUCAAAGACAAGAGAUGUAAUGCUUUGGCACACUUCUUAUGCUGAGACAGUCCCAAAAGGAAGUCACUUAAACAUGCAGUUAACAAAAGGAAAGAUAACUGACUCAAGUGGACACAUCCUCUACUCCAAGGAGGAUGCCACUAAGGGCAAGUUCGCCUUCACCACUGAAGACUAUGAUAUGUUUGAGGCUUGCUUCGAGAGCAAGCUUCCAGUAGGAACGGGGCGGAUGCCGGACCAGCUCGUGAUCCUGGACAUGAAGCAUGGAGUGGAAGCAAAAAACUAUGAGGAGAUUGCUAAGGUGGAGAAGUUAAAGCCCCUGGAGGUGGAACUACGGCGCCUGGAGGACCUCUCUGAGUCCAUUGUCAAUGACUUUGCUUAUAUGAAGAAGCGAGAGGAGGAGAUGCGGGACACCAAUGAGUCGACCAACACCCGGGUCCUGUACUUCAGCAUCUUCUCCAUGUUCUGUCUCAUCGGAUUGGCCACCUGGCAGGUCUUCUAUCUGCGUCGCUUCUUCAAGGCCAAGAAGCUGAUUGAGUAAAGGGGCAAUUCCCCUUCCCCUCUUCUCAAACCUAGCUGGACACCAUUGGGACCCAGCCAUGGCCUUUCAGAGCCAUCUUGCAGAUGAUUCAUGCUGACUAGAGGUUUUCUGCAGGAACUGUCCCCUAAGAGGGGAGGGGAGUAUAAGCACUGGAGACUACAGAGGGGAUUCUGAUCUCCUGUUGGAUGGUGGGUUUGGGGACUCCUAAGGCAGUGAUGAAAUAAACAUUAUGUUUCAAUGACAGCUGCAGUUGGUUUAGCACGCUGUCUUUUCUCCUUUUAUAUUCUAAGCUUGGUGAUGUUGCCCAUCUGUUUGUGACCAUCACGUUAUUCUGAACCACUUGAACUGGCUAAGCUUAUUAGGUACUAUGAGCUAAAAUAUGGGAGGGGGGAACUCUGAGCUCUGAUGUUCUGGAACCCAACCCUUAAUGAAACAGAGCUUGGUGCAAAGUAACAGGGGUUACAGUGCUAGAAGUGAGAGAGCACUGAGCUUUAACCUGUCACAGACCUUGGUGUUUCUUCCUGUGGGAGCUGGAAUUUUUGUUAUGAUGGGUCAGUGCAUUCAAGUGCGUAAGGGUUGGGUUGGGAAGAAGGAGAGCUAACAGACUUGGCAAGAUGUUGCAGAGCCUGAAGAGGAGAAUCCUGCUUGACUCAAACAAGCUGUUGAGAGUUGGCCCCACCUUGUCCCCAGGUGUCUAUCUUGGAUUUGCUUCUCUUUCUGAAAUGAUGCGGCAGUUUCCUGAAAGUGCCUUGGUCACUGAGAGACCUUUUUGUCAAACAAGAAAAACUUGCUCAGCUACAGAUUGGCAGUGUAGGCUUGGGCCCCUUUUUGGAUGGGAGCAUGGUAGGUUGGGAAUUUUGUGAAGUCUUCUCAUCUGAGACAGCUAGAGUUAAUGUUGAGUAUAGCUUGGAGGGCCUUCAUUCUCUAUAUAUGACAUGCCCUACUUUGUGUUCUGGGGAUGUGUGGAAUGCCCUAAAGCAGUGUUUCCCAAUUUUAUUUGGCCAUGGAACCCUUUUAAGCUCAGAAGAAUUUUGAGGAACCCCUACAGCCGGGAGGAAAAUUUGUCGAGGGGAAAAACCCCCCAAAAAACAGGGAGACCUUGCGGCCAAAAUGCAGUCACGCAUGUCCUGAGCUGGCUUUGGAAAUGCAGAGUGACAGUGGGGGAGGGGAGGGGAGGUGUCUGAAAGCCAGCAGGAAACCAGAGAAGGUUUAAGAGAAGAAGGUCUCUUGAGGUCGGGGGGGGGGAGACCUAAUUCUCGCGGAACCCUUACUUUCACUUCAUGGAACCCCGGGGUUCCACGGAGCACCAUUUGGGAAACACUGCCCUAAAGGCUGACAUUCAGAGGAGCUGAGGGAGUGCAGAUAAACUGGAGUAUAGUACACAAUGAGAACAUGGAUAUGCCCCUACUUAAAGAUCUCUUAAGUUGAUGAGAGCAAUGAGACAAUGACAGAAAUGUCUUGGGGGCUCCUUUAAACUGGUGAGAGCAGCUGUGCUGCACUGAUUGAGAAGUCCUUUGUUGUCCUUUGUUGUUCAAAUAUGGUGUUGGAUUAAACAGGCCAUGCUGGAGAAAACCAGGUAUGUUCCUUUCUCAGAUUUGUCCCACAGGAGUUUCCGGGCAGAAUGAUGAAACAUUUUCCAUUUUCUCUGCAUUCCUUUAGAGCCAAAAGCCCCGCAGGGCUUACCCCCUCAUCCUUCCAGCCCAUAGGUCUCCCUGCUAGUCAGACAAAACAUUGUGUUUUCUGAAAUUACUUUGUGGAACGUUUUCUAGUCUGAAUUUAUCUUUCUGCUGUUUAAAAAAAAGGCCAGAGGCUAUCAGGUAGAAAGAGGAGAAUAUCUAAAGACCCUCCAAUGUCCUCUAAAUUCAUUAGACAUGUUGGAGUUUUGUAUCAUUUGUCCUGAAAUUUUGUAUGUUUUUAGACUCUUUGCUCUUUCCUUACUUACAAGAUCCUGACCGUGUUAAUUCUACCUGCAAGUGCCCAAACUGCUUUUAGUUUCUGCUUUUUUAAUGGUUCUAUUCAGAACCCAAGGCUCUCCUGGUUUAUCACUUUAAGCAUGGAUAAGCUGUUACACCACCACAGCAGUGAUGUCUCAGGAUGGGAUUGAGCUAGAAAAGGUAGUUAUAGGUAGUUUAUCUUCCCACAAUCUGCUGCUAAGGCUUAAAAAAGGUGAGAAUGAAAAGACUUAUUUGGAGCACCUUCUCCUAUCUCUGCUUUCGCUCCCCCCCUUUUUUCUAAAAUGGCACAGUGAGGUCUCUUCAUAACUGAGGUUGUGAGGCUAGCAUUACACCCAAAUGACUGUUGCUCUGAAGUCACAUUGAUACUGCUCAGCUUCUGUCUCUGCUUUUAGCUCCUAUGGUAUGGCGAUUGCGGAACAGACAUGGGGAACUUGCACAGAAUUGCCUGUAAUUACUGGUCUGGGGAGUUUGUCAUUUUUCUCAAAUAAACUUUCCUUUGGAUAAAUAA